GGAAGCCACUCUUUUACUUCUUUUUCCCAUUUCCCUUUAUUGUUGUUAUUUUCUGAUUCCCCCCUCUCCUACCAAAUUUCCAAUUUUCCUCCCCAAACCCUAACCCUAAUCCUUCAUUUACUUCAAAAAUCCUUCCUCGUUUUUGAUUCCUCUCUCUAAUUAAACCUUAAGUCCCUUCAAAAAUUGAUUAGUCGUUUCAAUUUCUUGUUGUGAAUUCCCCAAACUUUUUUUUUUAAAUUAUUGAAUUUUUACAUGGCUGGUGUUGUUGAAGAAAUUAUACAAUGAUUGGGUUAUUGGGGUUUGGUUUCAAUUUUAUGGGGUUUACGAAAUGCCUCUGGUUCGAAAAGGAGUUAGUAGACGUCGAACCACGUUAGCUCAACCGCAACAAGGGGGAAAACAGACGGGGCGGAGCAACCGAGGUCGGAAACGUGCGGCUGAGGGAGAGGUAGGUAGGCCGAGGACUAGAUUGGCUGCGAAAAGACUUAAGGAGGAGAAUAAAGUUCAGGUGGGGGUGGUAGCUCCGACCGGUGGAGAGGAUCGUGAGUUUAACCAACAGGUGAUUUCGAUUUCUGAGAGAGGGAGCGAUAUCGAGAGGAAGGAGUUGGUGGAAGUUGAUAAAAGGAAGGAAGGUGGGAUGGGGGACGAUAGCGGUGGGUUGAGUGCUAACAGGGCUGUUGGACAGGAAGAGGAGGGGAAUACUGCACCUUUUCCAGAGAGGGUACAUUUUGGGGGAUCUCCUGUGUACAAAGUAGAGAGAAAGCUAGGUAAAGGUGGAUUUGGUCAGGUGUUUGUUGGACGACGUGUUAGUGGUGGAAAUGAACGUGGAACCGGUUCUGCUGCCAUGGAGGUUGCUCUGAAAUUUGAGCAUAGAAACAGCAAAGGAUGUAAUUAUGGUCCUCCGUAUGAAUGGCAAGUUUACAAUGCUCUUGGUGGCAGUCAUGGAGUUCCCAAAGUACACUACAAAGGGAAGCAAGGAGACUAUUAUGUGAUGGUUAUGGACAUGCUAGGGCCCAGCUUAUGGGAUGUUUGGAACUCUUCAGGGCAAGCGAUGUCUGCAGAAAUGGUAGCAUGUAUAGCAGUUGAGUCCCUAUCAAUAUUAGAGAAGAUGCACUCCAAAGGUUAUGUGCACGGGGAUGUUAAGCCUGAGAACUUUCUACUUGGUCAACCAUCUACACCACAAGAGAAGAAAUUAUUUCUUGUAGACCUUGGAUUAGCAACAAAGUGGAAAGAUAGCAGCAGUGGGCUGCAUGUUGAUUAUGAUCAACGUCCCGAUAUGUUCAGAGGAACUGUUCGAUAUGCUAGUGCUCAUGCGCAUUUGGGAAGAACUGCCAGCAGAAGAGAUGAUCUUGAGUCUCUAGCAUACACACUCAUAUUCCUGCAUCGAGGUCGAUUACCGUGGCAGGGCUAUCAGGGUGACAACAAAUCGUUCUUAGUCUGCAAAAAGAAAAUGGCUACAUCCCCUGAAAUGCUUUGCUGCUUCUGUCCUCCUGCACUAAAACAAUUUCUUGAGAUUGUGGUGAAUAUGAAAUUUGACGAGGAGCCCAACUACUCCAAACUAAUAUCUUUAUUUGAGGGCUUGUUAGGACCAAAUCCAGCUAUAAGGCCAAUAAACACAGAUGGUGCUCAAAAGAUUAUUUAUCAAGUAGGCCAAAAGCGAGGUAGGUUGAACAUUGAUGAAGAAGAUGAUCAACCCAAGAAGAAGGUUCGUCUUGGUGUUCCUGCUACCCAGUGGAUUUCAGUCUACAAUGCCAGACUUCCAAUGAAGCAGAGGUAUCAUUACAAUGUGGCAGAUGCAAGGUUGGCUCAACAUGUGGAGAAAGGAAUAGCAGAUGGUCUGCUAAUAAGCUGUGUGGCAUCUUGUACCAAUCUUUGGGCAUUGAUCAUGGAUGCAGGGACUGGUUUUACAAGCCAAGUUUAUGAGCUAUCACCUUCCUUCUUACACAAGGAGUGGAUCAUGGAUCAGUGGGAGAAAAACUAUUACAUUAGUUCUAUUGCUGGUUCAAACAGUGGAAAUUCCCUUGUUGUUAUGUCCAAAGGUACCCAAUACACUCAACAAUCUUAUAAAGUAAGUGACUCUUUCCCCUUUAAGUGGAUAAACAAAAAGUGGAGAGAGGGUUUUUAUGUCACCUCGAUGACAACUGCUGGAAGCCGAUGGGGUGUUGUUAUGUCUCGCAAUGCAGGCUUCAGUGAUCAGGUUGUGGAACUUGAUUUUCUCUAUCCAAGUGAAGGAAUCCACAGACGUUGGGAUAGUGGUUAUAGAAUCACAUCGACAGCUGCAACUUUGGAUCAAGCUGCUCUAAUCUUGAGCAUCCCUAAGCGCAAACCCGGUGAUGAAACUCAAGAAACUUUACGCACAUCUCAGUUUCCCAGCAUACAUGUUAAGGAAAAAUGGGCAAAAAAUCUCUAUCUUGCUUGUCUAUGCUAUGGAAGGACUGUAUCAUGAAAUCCAUGCCAUUGGUGACAAUUUUACCGAGGGAUAAAAGGGUGGAUUUUGUUUUCUUCCCCUAAUUUUAUCUGUUAUUUGCUUUCUCUCGAUGUUGCAUGUUAAAUGUUUAGAGGAGGGGAGUACACUAGGGAUGUCUAAAUAUACCUCAAGCCCUUGCUAUUUAGUUUUUGUAUUUUAAAAAUGUAUAAGUGUUAACACCCUUUGCUCCUAUUAAAUAUUACUUAUGUGUAAUAUUUUCUUGAUAUAAAGUAAUGAUGUGGAAUUAAAAUGUUCUUUUCAA